AUGACGACAACCUCAAAGCCCAUCGACAACCCUUUUGUCGACCCUGCUACGUCCUUCGAGGAUGCAGGUCGCGCCAACUCGUUCGCUGUGGAUGCUACCUUGGCACUGGGCCGGAAUGUCUCUCUCACUCUGGGGACCGACUCUCUCAUUGUCCUAGACGAAGAAAAUGAAGAGAGAACCGGCAAUAAUUGCUGCGGGCUCUGGUCAUCGAGCACUGCCAACACUCGCGCGAUUCCAUUUUAUAACGUUCUAUGGGCCGAAUUGAAGGAUUCCGAACUCACGCUGCAGUAUGCGUCACCGGUGUCGAAGAAAGUGGUUCGCGCUGCGACGUUGAAGUAUCCGGUGGAAUACCAGAUGGUCGAAUUCGUAAAUAAGUGGAUAUACAGGCUUCUAGAUCGAUCAUACGGCGAGUCACAGCGAAGAAAACGAGUGAAGGUGCUGGUUAACCCUCACAGCGGGAAAGGAAGCGCAGAGAAGUGGUACUAUCGGGAUGCAGAGCCUCUCUUGAAGGCUGCCAACUGUGCAAUUGAUAUGGCAAAGACAACACACAAAGGGGAAGCCAUUUCGAUUGCUGAGAAGCUAGAUAUAGAGGCAUUCGAUGUGAUAGCCUCUGUUUCUGGUGACGGACUGCCGCACGAAGUUUUCAAUGGUUUAGGACGGAGAGCCGAUGCUAAGAAGGCCUUGUCCAAGAUCGCGGUGGUCAACAUCCCAGGUGGAAGUGGAAACGCCAUGAGCUGCAACUUGACUGGAACGGACAGCCCUAGUCUGGCUACACUGGCGAUCAUCAAAGGCAUUCCAACGCCUCUGGAUCUAAUAUCAAUCACUCAAGGAGACACUCGAACACUGAGUUUCCUGUCACAGUCUGUUGGGAUCGUAGCAGAGUCUGAUCUGGCUACUGAACAUCUGCGAUUCUUGGGAGGGCAAAGGUUCACAUACGGGUUUCUUGUACGGUUGAUAAACAAGAUGGUGUAUCCUUGUGACAUUGCUAUCAAGGUGGCUAUCGAUGAUAAGCAGGCUAUCAGAGAGCACUACAAGAAAGAACAAAGCAAUUUUGAGCCGGCAAGUGAGCGAAGGGGGUAUAGAUCACACCAUCUCUUGGAUGAUGAUGCUUCAGCGAGCACUGGUAGUGGCAGCGAUGACAGCUUACCACCUUUGAGAUAUGGAACCAUCAACGACAAGCUACCUGAAGGAUGGGAAUUGGUACCAUAUGACAAACUGGGAAAUUUUUAUUGCGGGAAUAUGGCAUAUAUGGCGGCAGAUGCCAACUUUUUCGCGCCUGCGCUACCUAACGAUGGUUUCAUGGAUCUGGUCUGCAUUAACGGCGACAUCAGCCGCUUACACGCCAUGAAAAUGAUGUUUGCCGUCGAAAACGGCAACUUCUUCGACAUGCCAGGAGUCUGGUACCGCAAAAUCCUUGGAUACCGUAUCAUUCCCAAAAACCAGGAAGAUGGGUUCAUCAGUAUAGACGGCGAGAGGGUACCCUUCCAACCUUUCCAGGCCGAAGUUCACAAAGGACUUGGCACAGUGCUUUCGAAGUCGGGCCAUAUGUACGAGGCUCCUGGGCCUAUCUGA